CUUCAAGACAGGAGUGAUUUUUUUUUUUUUGGUGCUUUCCGGGAUUUUUUCCGUAGGCUGCACAGAGGCCAUGUGCUAAGUCUUAUGAAGAAAACAAUCUGAAGACAAUGGAGCUGUGACACCUGAUACCAGCUGACUAGCCGGAGAUAUGGAAGUUGGAGAGGGCUGCCAGCACACUGGUCCUGAGAUAGUGCCAAAUGGAUUUGCAAACAGGGUUUUCCAGGCGAACAUGGAGGAAGGGAGUACUGAUGUGUUGGAGAUCUGUGGUGCUGAGCACUGCACCUCCAGUGGUGCAGUCCAAAAUGAACGGGAAGAAGUGCCCAGGUAUAAGAAGAAGGCCAAGGGCAACCGGAUCUGGAAUUUUGUUAGUCGAAGGAAAGGUCCCUCCAUGAAUAAUAAAAGACCCCAAUCCAUGAUCCUGCUUGGAGUCACCUCUGAGGCCUCAGAAGAAAAAAAAACAUCCUUCAUGGACAGGGUGAGGUCUUUAAAAAAGCUAAGAACCUCCAGCAUGUCUAAGAAUGUAGAUUUGAGAGCAUCCAAAGUUCAGGUUGCUUGUGCCCCUGAAGAGGACCAUCAUGCCAGUGGCCAAAGAGCAGUCUACAGGGUUAAGAAGCUGGGAGACAGUCAGAGACCUUCCCGCCACUCAUACGCAGGGUACAUUGAUGAUUUGGAUUCUUCUUUUGAAGAUGUAGAGCUGAAUAUCAGCAUUCCUGAAAUUGAUGCCAAUGAAAAUAAAUGGCUCAGGGAUAUUAGUGUCAGAUUACAGAGUGAAGAUAAUGAUAGUAACUGCCAUAAAAUACCAGCUAGAAAGAGUGAGUCUUUGAAUCUUGAAAACUUUAAGAGUUCUGCAAUUACAGAAGGGGACAAUCAAAAGAGGUGUAUUGUGCUCCCACAGGAGAGCAGAAGAGGAAAAAGCUCUGAUGUUUGGAGCUAUCUGAAAGGAAUUUCAUUAACUAGCAGGGAUAAUUCAAAGCCUCCAGAUCAAAGGGUUGAAACCAAUUUCCAGAACUUAGAAAAUAUAACUGAUAACUCUGCGUCUUAUUUUGACUUUGAUAUGAGAUGUGAGGAGAAUCUUAGCCAGCGAAAAAAAUCAAACAGUGCGACCAAAGCCGCUCACUUUGGGGGUGUUGUGAGGUUCUUUAACAGUGUUGCUGAGGCAGCUAGGAAGUUGCGAGGCUCUUCAAGGGCGUUUUCACCAGAUGAGAAAAGGCCUCACUCCAGUUACAAAAGCCGGAGGCAGGAUGCCGCCUCUCGCAAAGAGGCCUUGGUUAUCGAGAAUGAGAAUGCGAGGGCUUUCUGCACGGGGGGAGCACCUCUGCAGUCUCCAGACUCAGGCAUCUGGGAUAACCAGAGUUCCGAGAGUUCAACAGGGAAGGAGCUUGUUCGGCACUGCAAAAACCCGGAGGUAUCACAAGAGAUGGGCUGCUCUGCCCUGGGCAGCGAGAAUGAUAGCUUUAAUGAAACGUCCCUUUCUCCCUUUGGGCCAGAACCAUCCAUCUCCACCCUGCCAGAGCUCCCAGAUGACUCUUUUACUGUGCUAAAUACUCAAGACCCCUCUGAAGCUUUGUCACAAUUUCCACACACGACUCUGACUAAACUAGAUACUGAGGAUGUGGGUUGUGCUGUAGUGGAUUCCAAAGACAUGGAUUGCUCUCCAGCAGAGGUUCAGGAGCUUUCAAAGACAGAACUGGAUAUGCAGGACCAGAGAAAUACGGAGUUGCAUUUGAAAGACUUAUCUGCAGAUGAACUGGAGUCUGAGGAUACAAGCAGUAUUCCACAGGAGACACAGGACUUGGGCAGGAAGCUGUCAUGUUCUCAAGAUCUUUCUGUGAAUAAUCUGGGUACUGAGGACCUGGGUAGUUCUGCAGUUGCUCAUUGUGACUUUUCUGCAGUGAUUUCUUUAAAAUGUGGAAGAGUUAAAGAACAAGUUUUAAAGCAGACUGAUUACCCUGUCAAAAAGCAUGGAACAAGUUCACCUGUGGAACAAAAUUCUGUAGAGAUACCUGACAGGGAGGAUGACUUUAACUGCAACGAAAUGCGCCAUCCGUUCCAAAUGAACGUCUGUACAAUUGUCUCCUUUGGCAAGCUCAACAAUGGAAAGCCGCUGUGUCAUCCUCUUCAUCCAUCUCCACAAGCACCUCCCUUCAAAAUCCUCCUGGAGAGAUGUCGCUCCUUACCCCUCUCCCAGAGCACCCCGAUGGGGCUGGACCAGCUGGGCUGGAAGAGGCGGCUGUUACUGAGCACAGGCGCUGAGAACGACCUGGGUUCAAAGACGCUGGAGGUGCGCAGGGACUGCAGGAACGGCGGCAGCCGAUGGAAACCCCUGAAGCCCGGAGCUGAGCAGCUGCUGGUGGAUAAACUAAUCAGUGGUGGUUCUAUUGUAAGUGCUGAGGCAGUAUGGGAUCACGUCACCAUGGCCAACCGGGAGUUGGCGUUUAAAGCAGGAGACGUUAUCAAGGUCCUGGAUGCUUCCAACAAGGACUGGUGGUGGGGUCAGAUUGAUGAUGAAGAAGGAUGGUUUCCCGCCAGCUUCGUGAGGCUAUGGGUGAACCAAGAGGAUGGAGUGGAGGAAGGAACCAGCGAAGUGCAGAAUGGCCAUUUGGAUCCAAGCGCCGACUGCCUCUGUCUCGGCAGGACCCUCCAGAACCGAGACCAGAUGAGAGCCAACGUCAUCAACGAAAUCAUGAGCACGGAGCGCCACUAUAUCAAGCACCUCAAGGACAUUUGCGAGGGUUACUUAAAGCAGUGCCGGAAGAGGAGGGAUAUGUUCAGUGAUGAACAGCUAAAGGUCAUCUUUGGCAACAUUGAAGAUAUCUACAGAUUUCAGAUGGGUUUUGUCCGGGACUUGGAGAAACAGUACAACAAUGAGGACCCCCACCUCAGCGAAAUUGGACCAUGUUUUCUUGAACAUCAAGAUGGGUUCUGGAUCUAUUCGGAGUACUGUAACAAUCAUUUGGAUGCAUGCAUGGAGCUUUCCAAGCUGAUGAAGGAUGGCAGGUACCAGCAUUUCUUCGAAGCGUGCCGUCUGUUGCAGCAGAUGAUUGAUAUUGCCAUAGACGGUUUCCUUCUGACACCGGUGCAGAAGAUCUGCAAAUACCCCUUGCAGCUAGCAGAGUUACUGAAGUACACCGCGCAGGAUCACAGUGACUACAGGUAUGUGGCUGCUGCACUCGCAGUCAUGAGGAACGUGACUCAACAGAUCAAUGAGCGGAAGCGGAGAUUGGAGAACAUCGACAAGAUAGCUCAGUGGCAGGCCUCUGUUCUGGACUGGGAGGGAGAUGAUAUCUUGGACCGGAGCUCCGAGUUGAUCUACACGGGGGAGAUGUCCUGGAUUUACCAGCCUUAUGGACGGAACCAGCAGCGUGUUUUCUUUCUCUUUGAUCACCAGAUGGUUCUCUGCAAGAAGGACCUGAUACGAAGAGAUAUCCUGUAUUACAAAGGUCGCAUAGACAUGGAUAAGUACGAGGUGGUAGAUAUAGAGGAUGGGAGAGAUGAUGACUUCAAUGUCAGCAUGAAGAAUGCCUUCAAACUUCAUAACAAGGAGACUGAGGAAAUGCACUUAUUCUUUGCCAAGAAACUGGAAGAGAAGUUGCGAUGGCUCAGAGCUUUCAGAGAAGAAAGGAAGAUGGUACAAGAAGAUGAAAAGAUAGGCUUCGAAAUUUCUGAAAAUCAAAAGCGGCAAGCGGCAAUGACAGUAAGGAAAGUCAGUAAGCAAAAAGGUGUCAGCUACUCCAGGUCGGUUCCUCCAGCCUACCCACCACCCCAGGAUCCAUUAAAUCAGGGACAGUACAUGGUGACAGAUGGCAUAUCCCAGGCCCAGGUCUUCGAGUUCACCGAACCCAAACGCAGCCAGUCACCAUUCUGGCAAAACUUCAGCAGGUUAACGCCAUUCAAAAAAUAAUACGUAGAGUGAGACGGAGAGUUUUAAACUUAAAAAAGCCUAAAAAUUAAAAAUAAAAAUAAAUAAAAUUAUAUUUAUAGAUGGACCUUUUUUCGGAGAAGCACUGUUGCAACUAAAUAUGUAUACAUAUAUAUUUAUAUAUAUACAUGCACACAUAUAUAUAUAUAUGUAUAUAUAUAUAGAAGGACCAAAAACUUUUUUUGUUGUUUUUGGGAAACAAUCUGCUACUAGAUACUAGGAAGCACCAAUGAUUUCUACUCAUGUGACCUAUUUUAUUUUAUUCCAUUGGUCGGACGUAAUUUUUUUGUCGUUGUUGUCGUUGUUGUUCUGUUCUUCUUCAUUUCCAUUCGAGUCGCCAUCGGCAUCCCAGAGUGCUUCCUCGCUUGUGUGAGCUCGUCAUUGAAGUUCCUCGUGGACUGCGUUGAGAGUGAGAAUGAGACAUCCAUAAUUUUUAUGAGAAGAUGCUUCCUAAAUAUUCAGCACUAGGAAAAAAGAAACACCACCGCCACACCAUUAUUUGCAUCAUAAAUCAAGACUCGCUCGAUCUGACAAGGCCACUUGUUGGACUCGCAGCUUCUUUCUUAAACGGAAAGCCAAACCAGACUAGCGCUGCUAGCCCUUGCCCCAGCCGGGCGGCCGGCCAAGCAGAUGCAGGCGUUUGCUCCGGAGGAAAGAGGGGGCUUGGCGCUCGGUCAGGACGGUCGCGCAAGCUCACGCCCCUCCAUAAAUUGCCGCGGUGCUGCGAGAGAUGGCGCGUUAUCGCGAAGAAGAACCGGCACCGGGUCCCACUUUUGCUGCCUGCCGUGGCUUUCCCGCUAGGGAGCAGGGCUGGGCUGCCGCGCGGGCUCCGGCGCUCCGGCCGCAGCUCGGCCGCGAGCAGCUCGGGGUAAUUUUGACUGAGCAGCCGCCACAGACGUCCCUUGCAAUGCCAGACAGAAGGAACCCACCUACCAUUCCCUACGCAGAGAACGAGACAGUUGUAAUAAACCUACAUGUUUACGGUAUUUCUCUGGCUGAAAUUAUAUAUAUAUAUAAAUAUAUAUAUAUAAAAAAAUAAUUAAAGAAAAAAACCAACCCUCCUCCCUAGGUAAAUGACUUGCAUCACCCCUUGACCUAGACACUAGAACAGAGGCUCUAAAUUCAAGACUUUUGCCUCCCCACCCUCUCCAGAAAAGCUCCAACAAGAACCAACCUAGGUGCAUCUAACAGUUGUAAAUAGAGAAUGAUACAUAGAGAAAUAUAUUUGAAAUUUUGUUUCAGUUUCCGGACGGUCGCCGGCCGUCCUUCGCAAUGUUAUUGCUAGUACACUGUGGUGCUUUGGGUUUCUGGUUUUGUUCUCUUUAUGCUCUGUCAUCUUUUCAUUGCAGCUACAUUUCAGGGAACAUGUAUAUUUAGUAGCUAUUGUAAGUUCUGCAUGGCAUCACCAAGCUUAUUUUUCCUUGAGAAGAAAAGAAGAGGCUGUAGGAGUUUAAAGGCACUAUGACGACAGGGACUUGUAGCAGAGAUUAAGAAAAAAAAAAAGAGGUUUUUAAAAUUCUAGUUUGAAGCCAAAUACUGAUAUUUUAGUGCUUUUGGGGUUUUAACAGUAAGAGCAAAAAAUCAAAAAAAAAAAAAAAAAAAGGGAUUUUGGUAACCCAGCUGAUCCGCACUUGCCAGUUUUAUUAUUUUGUUUAUAUUGGACUGUUUGACCCUGUCAAACAAGUGUCAAAGUUGUGUGUAUAAAACAAAAAGAAGUGUUUAAAAAAAAAAUAGUGUUGUAAAGACACUGAGCCUUAUGAAAAUAUUUAUGGAAUUAAAUAAAAAGAAGUGAAAAGGCA